AUGAAUAGCUCGUUGCAGCAACUGUUUGAUAGUUUAAAAAUGGAAAUGGAAAAACAAACGGAACAAAUUCACGAUUCUGUGACUAAAACAUUAACUGAAACUUUGGAAGAUAAGUUAAAGCCUUUACAAGAAGAAAAUUCAUUACUAAAAAUAAAAAUACAUCAAUUGGAGGAAAAAAUAAGCAUUUUAGAGAAACAACAGAGAAAGAAUAACGUAAUAUUAUUUAACUUGGAAGAAAAGGAAAAUUCUAACAUAGAACUGGUCGAUAACAUCAAAAAAAUACUUUAUAAAGAUUUAAAAAUUACUUUGGAAGACCAUGAAAUUAAUAAAAUACAUAGAAUAGGGAAAAAAAGAAUCGAUGACACAAAAGCAAGACCAGUAUUAAUUUCGUUUGUAACCGAAAGGAAGAAAAUAGAAGUUAUGAAAAAUAAAAAAGAAUUACAGAAUGUUUAUAUUACAGAAGAUUAUCCAAAAAAUGUACUUAAUAAAAGGAAAGAAUUGCAAGCGCAAGUAGCGGAAGAACGAAAGAAAGGUAAUAUUGUAUACAUAAAAUAUGAUAAAUUAGUCACAAGCAAAGGUGGAAAAUAUAUAAAUAAUAAAAAAAGAAUGCUUUCAACCUCGCCAGUCGAUGAAGGACAACCAAGAAAACAGCAAAUUGUGCACCAAUCCAAGGCAGGAAGAAAUGCCUUUGAAGUAAUGAGAAGGGGAUCCAAUUCAUCUCCUUCAAGUUCUAAGGCAGUUAGCAUGGAUAAUUCGGCAUAG